CAACACACGUGCUCUUCACAGAACAUACCCCGGGGGAUAUUUUGCGGUGCUCUCAGAGACAAGUAGACAGGUUGUCUCUGGUGCUCUUUACUCUUCAAGGUUAAGCGAAAUAAAGUGCCCCAGAAAAUGGUGCGACAGAACAACCAGCUGGCAGAGAACCUGCCCCAGCUGCAAAACCUGAUCAAAAGAGACCCGGCGUCCUACAAGGAGGAGUUUUUGGCGCAGCGCCAGCAACUGACCAACAUCAUGUCGGUGUUUCAGUUGGCCCCCGAGCAGUCGAACAAAACAAUCAAUGAGCGGGUGAUGUUCAUGGCACAAGUGGCGCAGUGCUACCCCAAGGAGAUGGAGGACUUUCCCCAGCAAAUUAUCGAUCUGAUGCAAAAACACAACACUGUCCUGAACAACAACAUCCGGAUGGGUUUGUGCAAGGCUCUCAUUAUGCUGCGCAACAAGAACCUGCUGGCUCCUACCGAUCUUCUGGAGCUGUUUUUUCAGCUCCUCAAGUGCCAGGACAAGUCGCUCAGACAAUUUUUGGAGAGCCACAUCAUAACAGAUAUCAAGAACAUGAAUGUAAAGCACAAGAAUGCCAAGCUAAACACCACGCUGCAGAACUUCAUGUUCACCAUGCUGAAGGACUCGAAUUCCCGAGCAGCCAAGAUGUCCUUGGACAUCAUGAUCGAACUGUACAAGAAGAACAUUUGGAACGAUGCAAAAACAGUCAACGUGAUUGCGACCGGAUGUUUUUCGAAGAUCACCAAGAUCAUGGUGGCAUCGUUGAAGUUCUUCCUGGGCAAGGAUCCCGAGGAAAAGGACUCUGACAAAUCAGACUCCGAAGAGGAAGUCGACCCGAAGGACGUGAUUAUGGCCAACAAAUUCAAUAAAAAGACCAGGAAACGAGCGAAGGUGCUCUCCAAAGUGAAGAAACUGGCAGCAAAAUCCUACAAGAAAAAGAGCCAGGCGGUUACAUUCAAUUUCAGCGCAAUCCAUUGGCUGCACGACCCGCAAGGCAUGGCAGAGAAACUCUUUAAGCAAAUCGAGAUAAGCAACCAUCGGCUUGAGGUGAAACUCAUGACCUUAGACGUGAUAUCCAGACUCAUCGGUCUGCACAAUCUCUUCUUGUUCAAUUUCUACUCGUACAUUCAGCGCUUUAUUCAGCCACACCAAAGAGAAGUGACCAGAAUCCUGCAGUUUGCGGCGCAAGCAAGCCAUGAAUUGGUGCCGCCUGAUGUGAUUGAGCCGCUGUUGAAAACCCUUGCAAACAACUUCAUAACGGAAAGAAACUCGUCGGAUGUGAUGGCUAUUGGCUUGAACGCCGUUAAGGAAAUAUGCACCAGAUGCCCGCUCAGUAUAACCGAAGACCUUCUCAGAGAUUUGGCAGGAUACAAGUCCUACAAGGACAGAUCGGUUAUGAUGGCGGCCAAAGGGCUGAUCCACUUGUUCCGAAAUCUGCGGCCCGAAUUGCUGCAUAAGAAGGACAGGGGCAGGCCCAAUGAAGCAACUGAUGAAAUGGAAAAGCUGGAUUACGGGAAAACGGAUGCGAAAGACUUCGUUCCCGGCGCCGAAGUCCUGCUCAAUGAGGACCAUUCUGAGAUGAGCAUCGAACUGAACAGCGAGUCCGAAUCGGAUGAUGAACAGUGGGUUGAUGUGCCCCAUUCCGAUGACGGCGGCAGCGAUGAAGAAUCCGACCUGGAGGAAGAGGAAGAGGAAGACGACACUGACAGGAAAAUUCUUGAACCGAAACGAAGCAAGGCUGAGAUUCUAAAAGAAAAAAAAUCGCUGGCUCAAAAAGUAACCAUUGAAAGACUGCUCACAGACGAAGACUUCAAGCGGAUAGACCUGGCUAAUGUACAAAAGCAAAUGCAAAGCACCAAAGGCUCGAAGCGCAAGCUGGAGGAGGAAGCCCUGAAGAACAGGGACGACCUGGUGAAAUUGAGCGACAUAGAAAACAUCUACAAGAAAAGAAAGCACGACAAGCAAACGCGAUUGGCCACGGUCAAGGAGGGCCAAGAGGGGCGCGAAAAGUUCGGGUACAAAGACGGCCGCGUAAACAUCCACUGCUCGAAGACCAAUCGCGAGAAGAGCAAGAAGAAAAACGCCCAAAUGAUGCGCCAUAAAGCACACGGCAAAGUCAAACGGAGUUUUAAGGACAAACAAAUUGCUUUGAGGAACCAUCUGUUAAAGCUAAAGAAAAUGAAAUAAAACUGUUAUUUUUUA